AUGCCUUCCAUCAGCCGCGUUCUUGUCCUCGCCGUUCUCGGCGUUUCUCUUUCCGUCCAGGCCAUCCCCGUCCCCGAGGCGCAGUCGACCGACGUCGAGCUCUUUUCCAACGAUGCCCGACUGGCUGACGCCUCCGGUAUGACUGACCCCGAGAUGGACGACGAAGAGGUCGAUACCGAUGACUACGAGGUCGAGUUCGCCGAACCUGAGGACGCCGACGUCGAGCUCGAGCGCCGCGCCGCGGCCAAGGCGAAGGCCCCCGUUAAGGCGCCUGCUAAAGCCCCCGUUAAGACCGCUCCUCCCGCCAAGGCCCCAGCGAAAGCUCCCGCUGCUCCCGCCAAAGCCCCUGCGAAGGCUCCCGCCGCCCCGGCGAAGGCCCCCGCCGCCCCCGCAAAGGCCCCCGCGGCUCCAGCGAAGGGCAAGACGUGCGCCCCGAACAAGUUCAAGAACAAGCGCGACGUGCGCGAGGUCCCCUUCUCGGACCUCGACCACCUCUUCAAGCGCGACAGCCAGGAGUUCGUCGGCUGGCACGGCACGAACAGCGACACCGCCGCGUUCUGGGCGCAGCAGGGCCAGCUCGCGAAGCCGACCAAGGCCGACGGCCUCUUCGAUUUCAUUGGCCUCGGCCCCAAGAGCGCUGCGGGCAGCAGUGGCGCAGACGCGGAGAACGGACCCGGGGUGUACGUCACGGACGACAAGGCCAUUGCGAUCGCGUUCGCGAACAACAACGCGAAGGUGAACAAGGGCACGACCGCGAUGCUCUGCGCCAUCUUCGCGAAGAGCUCCGCCAACUGGCGCGCCGCGCUCCGCAAGGCGUUCCUCCCCCAGGCCCUCGUCGGCGACUCCGCCACGGCCUCGGUCAAGGCCGCCAAGGAGCAGUCACGCACGCUCUACCUCCAGGCCGUCGUCCCCGGCGUGAGCGCGGCGAACGUCGUCCGGUUUUCGCUCCUCGACCGCUCCGCCAAGACCGGCCAGAUGGUGCUCCCCGCGGGUAUCACCAACCAGUUCACGGCGCAGUGCGUGGCCGCCACCUCCGCGACGCUGCCCGCCGGCACCAGCACGUUCCCCGCGUUCACCUACAACGGCGCGUCUCUCCGGAGCACCUGGGACAUCGCGGCGGAGCAGACCUGUUAG